UUUUUAGAAACAUUGCCAAUUGACUUAUAAGCCUCAACCAAAAGCUGCAACAAAGCAAGCCAGCAAGAUAGUGCAAGAGUACUUCAAGAUGUCUCUAAAACAUGUCAAAUGUGUGACUGUGGGAGAUGGCACGGUGGGGAAGACAUGCAUGAUGAUAGCCCAUGUUAACAACACUUUUCCUGGAGAGUACAUCCCUACAGUCUUCGACAACUACUCAGAAAACAUGUGCCUCAACGGCCGGUUCGUCUCACUCAACCUCUGGGACACAGCAGGCCAAGAGGACUACGACCGACUGAGACCGCUCUCCUACCCUCAAACUGAUGUAUUUCUGGCUUGUUUCUCACUUAUUAGCCCCACUUCUUUCGAGCACAUAGAACAAAAGUGGUACCCAGAGAUACAGCAUCAUUGUCUGGGGGUACCAAUUAUUUUAGUGGGAAACAAGCUCGAUUUAAGGGACGACCCCGCAAUCAUUCAGACUCUAGCAGAGCAGAAGCUGCAACCUGUCUCAAAGAACCAAGGGCUGGAUAUGGCUAAGAGAAUAAAUGCUGUUAAGUACAUGGAGUGCUCAGCAAAGACGCAAAGAGGACUUAAAGAAGUUUUUACGACAGCCGCAGAAGUAGUUGUAUUCCCAGAACUGUACAGAGCAUCGGGGAAGUCUAAAAAGAAGUUUUUCUGCGCACUAUUGUAAUGAGUGUUUAGCACUAUUUAUAUAGUGUUUAGUGACGUUUGUUUUUCAGUUGUUGCUCAAAAGAUUCAGCACACACUCAAGCAUUAUCAUUCUUUUUGCUAACAAAAUAUCCACAUGUUUUCCGCAAAGCAUUAAUCUUGUAACAUUUUGUGUUUUGGUUUUUUUCACUAUAGAGGUAUACAUGACAUUAUGUAUUAUAGACAAUUAUGUGUAUGACUUAUUGUGCUAUUACAUAUAAUACAUAAAAACAAUGUUAUGGUGUUUACA